UCAUUUGUCUUGAAGUCAUUUUCACCAGUGAUUUGCUGUCAGUGCUGCAGACAUCAUGUGACUGGGGGAGUGGUAAAGAAUCAGGAAAUACACCGCAACAACUGCGAGUCGCAAGAAAGCUCUCCAUCAUGUCUUACCAUGCUGGGAUUCCAGAGGAGCCCAGUGUUUUGGUCAACAACAUCAGCUCCAACAUCCAGAAGCUGACACUGCUGACCUCUGAGCUGCAGAGGGCAGUGUCUCUGCUGGGAACGGAGCAGGACAGCAGCCAACUUCGACAGACGCUGCAACAGAAACAGCAGCAAGGCAACCAGUUAGCGAAGGACACUGACAGACUGAUGAAGGCAUUCAGUGCUCUUCCUGUUGGCCCCGAUCAACGGCAGAGAAAGAUACAGAGAGAGCGUUUGGUGAACGACUUCUCCGCCGCUCUGAACAGCUUCCAAAAGACCCAGAGGAAGGCGGCCGACAAAGAGAGAGAGUUUGUGGCCAGAGUCAGAGCCAGCUCCAGGGUGUCUGGAGGACAGCCUGAUGACAGCUUUGGGAAUGUGUCUCCCUUCCCCAGUGAUUACCAGGUGCAGGCUCAGACUGAGGCCAUCACUGAAGACGACCUGAGGCUGAUCCAGGAGAGAGAGUCGUCCAUCAGGCAGCUGGAGUCUGACAUCAUAGACAUCAAUGACAUCUUCAAGGACCUGGGGAUGAUGGUCCAUGAGCAGGGAGACAUGAUAGACAGUAUAGAGGCCAAUGUGGAGACUGCAGAUGUUCACGUCCAGAACGCCACACAGCAGCUGUCACGUGCUGCAGACUACCAGCGGAGCUCCCGGAAGAAGAUCUGCAUCCUGGUGAUAGUGUUGGCUGUAGCUGCUGUUAUUAUUGGACUCAUCAUCUGGGGCUCUCUCAAAUCAUGAGAGCUUCAUCAUCUUCUUCGUCGUCCUCCUCUCCUCCACCUCUCCUGUUUAGUCAUCAGCCUGGACAAAGCACCGCCCCUUCCUCUCCUGAGCUUCUUCCUUUUCUCUGCCCCCUCAUGGCGGGAGAGAUUGUCUGUCUUUCUUUGAUUAUUUUUAAGAUACUUCAGUCCUUGUUGACAGGAUUGACGGGACACACACUCCUCCACUGUGAAAAACAAAACUAUCACCAGGUAGCUUUAUUGCUAUAACCAGCUUUAAUUGACAGGAAAGCUUUAAAGGUUAUAGUCCUCACCUGAUUUUCAGAGGGAGGUGUAAACACAGGCGGAAUAUUGCUGUGUUCAAUGGCAGCCAUGUUGGCUCCACCAGCUCCAAACGUUUAAUGAAAUUACAGCGCAGACAAUGCUUCUGGGUGCAAGAAGCAGCAAGUUACUGUCGGCAGGUAAGAGGAGGUUAACUUUCAGAACUGUCCUUCCAAAAUAACAUUUCUGCAGCCACUUUCCUUUAUCAGGUCAGAUAUAAAAAGCACACACGCUAAAUGUUUCUCUGCAGUCUCUAUGAAUCAAGUGCACUAUGUACAAAUUCAACCCUAGUCCAUCAUAUAAUGUAGCCAACUGCGUUCAUCUUACUGUAAUGCAGUUACAAUCUUUUAUCUAUUAUCUCCUGCAUUUUAAUUUAUAAUUAUUAAAAUUAGAAGUUAAUUUCUAUUUAAAUUCAUUUCGUUGUAAUCUAAAGAUAAAUCAAGAAGUACUGUAAGUACAUUUUUAUGACUGUAUCUUACACUCCACUGUCAGCCAGUCAUUCCAAAUAUUUAGUAAUUAAGAGUUUGUUGCGUCUGUGAGUAAGUGAUGUGUUUCCCUUUAGCGAGACAAAUUAUUUUUUAACUGUACAGCUUUGAAAGAUUCCAUGAGCAUCAAGGGGAUUUUUUUAUGAAGUGAAAUCAGCUGUCACAUCACAAGUGAUCACACACAAAGAAUGUAAAUUGCAACUUGUUGAUAGUGCAGGCGAAGGUCAAGUGACAGUUGGUGUUGUGUUUUAUGGUUGGUUUUAGCCUACAGUACUCAUUCAUGCUUCAUGGGUGCUUUGCUCAUUGAAAAGUGUUGACAGUCAUUAUUUUUCUGUGACUGACAAGUUGCUCUACCUGUUUUUAUCUCUAUAUCCCCAACAUGAAGAAACUAAACUUGUAGUAACUCAAAGUAAAGUAAGUUAAAGCAAACACUAAUAAUUAAUUGCUACGAUUUAACGAUUUGACCCAAAUGUAAAAUGAUGAUCACAUGUAUAUUUUUAAUACUGAGAGCUGCCUACAAUGUGCUGAAUAAAUUACCUGAAUGUAAAAGAG